AUGAGAUCUGGAGGCAGUUGUUAUAAUCCUGAAUCUUACAAAUGUUUAAAUGGUACAGUUUGUGCAAAUGAUCGUGUAUGUGCUGAAAAAUGUGUGACUAAUAAUUUUCAAGUUUGCAUUGAUAAUGGUACAUAUCGCGAUAUCUUCAUUGUUUAUCUCAAUCGUGAUCUAUCAGAUGAUUUGAUAGAUCGCGAUAUAACAGAGCCUCCAACGAAGUCGAUACCGUUGACAGCUGGUCAGGAAGUUCAACUUGAAUUUUUACAAAAUGAAUUGAUGUACAUUACUUUACUUCCCUAUUAUUAUAGUAGUAGGAAAAUGGUAUUGACAUUUGCAAUUCUUUGUUUGGAAGGUGGUCAUACUGGAGUCGAUUUUAACCAUGGAAAUAUCUUUGCUGGUUAUUGGUGUUCACUGCCAUUUUUUGUGACAUGGAUAGCCACUUAUGCGAAUGGAUGUACUUGUUCAAACUGUUGUACAACAUCACGUGCAGCAACAACCCAUACACUUGUUGAGCAAAUCAUAUCAUCGAUAUUUUCAAUUGUAUUGAUAGUACUAGAUGCUAAAUUUAUCAAUAAUCCCCAUGAAUUUGAAACAUCGGCUGUUCCAACGAUCAGUUCAGAAGCAACAUGGUCUACGACCGGAGAAACAGUUGCCGGUGGUUACAAUUCCGGUGACCAAUUGAAUCAACUUCAUUCACCAGAAGAUAUUUUUGUUGAUGAUCAAAAUAGUAUCUAUGUAGCAGAUAACGGAAAUGACAGAAUUGUUAAAUGGACAUCCGAUGCUAUUCAAGGCGAAAUUGUGGCGGACAAUUCAAAUCAGUUGUAUAGCCCAAAUGCUGUUUUCGUGGAUAAACAAGGAAACUUGUACGUUUCAGACGGUGUUAAUCAUCUGAUACAAAAAUUUUCUAACAAAUCUACAAAUGCAUCCACAGUUGUUGGAAAAUAUCAGUUUGAUACGUGCUACGGCCUGUUUGUAGAUGAGAGUGGAAACAUUUACUUAUCAGAUUAUUUAAAUCAUAUAGUUUUGAAAUUUAUUGUUGGCGCGAACACAGGGGAUAUAGUAGCAGGCAGAGAAGCUAUUCAUAUUUGGACGCUGUCUUAG